UUCCGGCGCUGCCUUUAGCGCCUGCGCUUUACGCCUGAGAGGCCCGUGACGUCCGGUGGAAUGCAAGAUGGCGGCACUGGGCUGACCCUGCUGCGGUGACGGAAGCUCUGUCUUCUCCCGCCUGAUACCCCUGGGGACCCUGCGCCGCUCCUCGUCGCAGCAGCCAUGUCUGGGCCCGGCAACAAACGCGCCGCUGGCGACGGGGGCUCAGGGCCCCCAGAGAAGAAGCUGAGUCGCGAGGAGAAGACCACAACCACUCUCAUAGAGCCCAUUCGUCUUGGAGGCAUCUCUUCCACGGAGGAGAUGGAUCUGAAGGUACUGCAGUUCAAGAACAAGAAACUGGCAGAGCGGUUGGAACAGCGACAGGCUUGUGAAGAUGAACUCCGAGAACGAAUUGAGAAGUUGGAGAAGCGGCAGGCCACAGAUGAUGCCACACUCCUCAUUGUCAAUCGCUACUGGGCCCAGCUAGAUGAAACUGUGGAAGCCCUUCUUCGAUGCCAUGAGAGCCAGGGAGAGCUGUCUUCAGGGACACAGGCACCUGAGACCCAGGAGGUAUCGACACGUGAUGGGAUCCCUCUUACAGAGCCAGGGACAUCAGAGCUGAGGGAGCCUCUGCCAAUGCAGCUGCGGCCCCCACUCAGUGAGCCAGCCUUGGCUUUUGUGGUAGCACUGGGUGCCAGCAGCAGCGAGGAAGUAGAGCUACAGCUGCAAGGCCGUAUGGAAUUCUCCAAGGCAGCUGUGUCCCGUGUGGUAGAGGUCUCAGACCGCCUUCAACGCCGGGUGGAAGAACUCUGUCAGCGAGUAUAUAGCCGAGGGGACAAUGAGCCCCUCAGUGAGGUGGCUCGAGCACGCACCCGGGAGUUGGGCCGUGAGAACCGGCGGUUGCAGGAUUUGGCCACUCAGCUACAGGAGAAGCAUCACCGCAUCUCAUUGGAGUACUCUGAGCUCCAGGAUAAAGUGACAUCAGCAGAGACAAAGGUGCUGGAGAUGGAGACAACUGUGGAAGACCUGCAGUGGGACAUUGAGAAGUUGCGCAAACGGGAGCAAAAGCUUAAUAAACACCUGGCAGAAGCCUUAGAGCAGCUUAACUCUGGCUACUAUGUCUCUGGGAGCUCCUCAGGCUUCCAGGGGGGCCAGAUCACCCUCAGCAUGCAGAAGUUUGAGAUGCUGAAUGCAGAGUUGGAAGAAAAUCAGGAAUUGGCCAACAGCCGCAUGGCAGAACUGGAGAAGCUGCAGGCCGAACUUCAGGGUGCUGUGCGGACUAAUGAGCGCCUCAAGGUGGCCUUACGCAGCCUUCCUGAGGAGGUGGUGCGGGAGACAGGAGAGUACCGCAUGCUGCAGGCCCAGUUCUCACUCCUCUACAACGAGUCUCUGCAAGUAAAGACCCAGCUGGACGAGGCUCGGGGGCUGCUGCUGGCGACCAAGAACUCCCAUCUGAGACACAUUGAGCACAUGGAGAGUGACGAGCUAGGGCUGCAGAAGAAACUGCGCACAGAGGUAAUUCAGCUGGAGGACACGCUGGCGCAGGUACGCAAGGAGUACGAGAUGCUGCGCAUUGAGUUUGAGCAGAACCUGGCAGCCAACGAGCAGGCAGGGCCCAUUAACCGUGAGAUGCGCCACCUAAUUAGUAGUCUCCAAAAUCACAACCAUCAGCUGAAGGGGGAUGCUCAGCGAUAUAAGCGGAAGCUUCGAGAAGUGCAGGCUGAGAUUGGCAAGCUCCGAGCCCAGGCUAGUGGCUCUACCCACUCCAUCCCCAACCUGGGGCACUCAGAGGACUCUAGCCUCAGUGCCUCAGCCCCAGGGAAAGAGGAGGGUGGGCCAGGCCCUGCUGGUACCACUGACAGCAGAAAGGAGGUGGCUUUAAUGCCUUGUGCCACUACUCCAUCCUCAGUGAAAAAGGAGGACCUGGUCCCCUCUGAAGAGGAUACCCAGGCUUUAACCCCUGGUGCCCAGGGCCCUUCCUCCCGGGGCCGAGAACCUGAAGUUAGGCCCAAGCGGGAGCUUCGGGAACGAGAAGGACCUGGCCUGGGACCCCCACCUGUAGCCUCAACUCUCUCAAGGGCUGAUCGAGAGAAAGCCAAGGUGGAAGAAGCCAAGAGGAAAGAGUCAGAACUCCUCAAGGGUCUCCGAGCAGAGCUCAAGAAGGCCCAGGAAAGCCAGAAGGAGAUGAAGUUGCUGCUGGAUAUGUAUAAGUCUGCACCCAAGGAGCAGCGGGAUAAGGUGCAGCUCAUGGCAGCAGAACGCAAGGCCAAGGCUGAGGUUGAUGAUCUACGGAGCCGCAUCCGGGAAUUGGAGGAGAGGGAUCGAAGGGAGAGCAAGAAGAUUGCAGAUGAAGAUGCCCUGAGGCGCAUUCGUCAGGCAGAGGAACAGAUAGAACACCUACAGCGCAAGUUGGGUGCCACCAAGCAGGAGGAGGAGGCUUUGUUGUCAGAGAUGGAUGUGACAGGUCAGGCUUUUGAAGAUAUGCAGGAACAGAAUGGGCGGCUGCUACAGCAGUUGCGGGAAAAGGACGAUGCUAACUUUAAGCUGAUGUCAGAGCGGAUCAAGGCCAACCAGAUUCACAAGCUACUUCGGGAGGAGAAGGAUGAGCUAGGCGAGCAGGUUCUUGGCCUCAAGUCCCAGGUGGAUGCCCAGCUGCUGACUGUGCAGAAGCUGGAGGAAAAGGAGCGGGCCUUGCAGGGCAGCCUCGGGGGUGUGGAGAAGGAGCUGACACUGCGCAGUCAAGCCCUGGAGCUGAACAAGAGGAAGGCUGUUGAAGCGGCCCAACUGGCUGAGGACCUAAAGGUGCAGCUGGAGCAUGUACAGACUCGGCUUCGAGAGAUUCAGCCCUGCCUGGCAGAGAGCAGAGCUGCUCGUGAGAAAGAGAGCUUCAAUCUCAAGAGGGCUCAGGAGGACAUCUCACGGCUUCGACGCAAGCUGGAGAAACAAAGGAAGGUGGAAGUUUAUGCAGAUGCUGAUGAAAUCCUCCAGGAAGAGAUCAAGGAAUACAAGGCGCGGUUGACCUGCCCCUGCUGUAACACACGCAAGAAGGAUGCAGUCCUUACCAAGUGCUUCCACGUUUUCUGCUUCGAGUGCGUGCGAGGCCGAUAUGAGGCCCGCCAAAGGAAGUGCCCCAAGUGCAACGCAGCCUUUGGUGCCCACGACUUCCACCGUAUCUACAUCAGCUGAACCUGAGACUCAGGAAACUUUGGAAUAUCCAUGGAUCCUGGGGGAUGUGCCCCCAGCCCCUUCCCCACCCCAGUUCCAGUAGCCCCAUCCUCUAUUCCAGACCCCAGGGGCCCAGUCCCUGCCCAACUAGUUCGUUUGGGGGCCCUGGUGCAUGCUAGUGGGAGUGGACUAGCCAAGU